AUGGAGAAAUACGAAGCUGACCGAAUCGAGGUGGAGGCAAUCCCUCCCCUUCCUACCGAUGACCUUGUCAAGACGGAUCAGAAUGCUCAAGCUGCUCGAGCCGCCGCCGAUGUCGAGCAUCGUAUGGGGCUCAUCGAGUCCGCUCGCAUGUAUCCUAAAGCCAUCCUGUUCUCCGUGAUCAUGUCCCUGGGUAUCGUCAUGGAAGGGUACGACACCGCUCUCCUUGGUAACUUCUUCGCUCAGCCCGCAUUCCAGCUCAAGUUUGGCCACUUGGCUGACAACGGCACGCAUCAAGUAUCCGCACCUUGGCAAGCAGGACUCGGUAACGGCGCUGCCAUCGGGGAGAUCUGCGGUCUAUGGGCUGCAGGUCUCUUGGCUGACAAGUACGGCUACAAGAGGACUUUGAUGGGAGCCAUGGUCUUCCUCAUUGGAGCCAUCUUCAUCUGCUUCUUUGCAGUCAAUAUACCGAUGCUCUUUGUCGGUGAAAUCCUCUGCGGUCUACCCUGGGGAGCUUUGCAGACCUUGACGACCACCUACGCUGCCGAUGUCACCCCUAUCCACCUGAGACAUGUCAUGACCAGUUAUGUGAAUCUCUGUUGGGUAGCCGGACAGCUCAUCUCUUCGGGUGUCCUGAGAGCUUUCGUCGACAACACGACCCAGUGGGGGUGGAAGAUUCCCUACGCUAUUCAAUGGGUGUGGCCAGUUCCAAUCCUCAUCGGUAUCGCGUUCGCUCCCGAAUCUCCUUACUGGCUCGUUCGUCAGGGCCGAGAGAAUGAUGCGAGAAAGGCUCUUUUGGCACUCACGUCCGAGAAGAAUAUCCACUUCAAUGUCGAUGAUACCGUUGCCAUGAUGAUUCACACCAACGAGCACGAACGACAGAUCAGCGAAGGAACUUCCUACUUGGACUGCUUCAAGGGAGUCGACGGACGGAGAACGGAAAUUGCCUGCAUGGCCUGGAUCUCCCAGGUGACUUGUGGUAUCUGGUUCGGUGGAAAUAUCACCUACUUCCUCGAGCAAGCUGGAUUCGAUCCUAAAAAGUCAUUCGACUUCGGUGUCGGCGAGAACGCUCUCGGAUUUUGCGCCACAAUCCUCUCUUGGUACGUCAUGACUCGGAUCGGUCGUCGAACGCUCUUCGUCACCGGAAUCUGGACUCUGUUCACUAUCCUCUGUCUCGUCGGGUUCCUUGGUAUCCCAAAGCUCUCUCCAGCCAUUGGAUACUCUCAGGGAGCCCUCAUGUGCCUUUACGUCUUGACUUAUGACCUCACGGUGGGUCCGACAGUCUACACCAUCGUAUCGGAAAUUCCAUCCUCUAGGCUUCGUAUCAAGACUGUGGUCAUCGCUAGGAACGCCUACAAUGUCGCGUCAAUCGUCGCAAACGAACUCAACGCGCCAAUCUUGAACCCGACGGCCUGGAAUCUUCGAGGGAAAGGUGGAUUUGUGUGGUGCGGCUUUUGCUUGAUCAGUGCUGUAUGGGCGUAUUUCCGUUUACCGGAGACGAAAGGCUUGUCGUACGAGGAAUUAGACAUUCUUUUCGAGAAUAAGGUGCCUGCAAAGAGCUUCAAGUCAUCGCACGUCGAGGCUUAUCAGCCUGGAGAAGUCGUGAGGGGCUAG